AUGCUACAAUACAAGAAGGAACAUGUAGAAAGCUUGUUUGAUGAAAUCAAUACAGAGAAAACCAACAUUAAAGAUCUGAAAUUUCAGCUUCAAGCAGAAAGAGUCAGACUAGAUGAAGUCAUGAACAUGCUGACCUUAAAACAAAAAGAACAAGACCUCAGGGAUGCUGAGUUCACAGAAGAAAAACAACAACUGGAAACCAUGAAGGUCAGUGUACUUACAGAAAGAGAAGAACUGAAAGCUCUGCAGAAGGACCUCUGCAAAAAGAAAGAAGAUGUUGAAGCUGAAAUGAAAAGCAUCAAUGCAGAAAAAGAACAGCUCACUCAGAUGAAGAUUGACAUUGAGAAAGAAAAAGAAACAUGUUUGUUUGAAAUUGAAAGAAUGGAAGAAGAAAGGUCUGAGCUGAGAAGGAGAGAAAAUCAACUCAUGGAUGACAUGAAAUCAGUGGAAGAUCUGAGAGAAAAUCUGAAACACCUUUAUGAAAGAAUGAGUAAAGAUAUAAAACACAAAGUGAACAGGCUGCAACAAAACAAUGAAGAUGUUCUUAAACUGCACGCUGUGCUGGAAAAAAUGGUUGAAGACACUGGUGAACAGAAGGAAAACAUGGCUCAUAAGUUUGAGAGAUUACAAAGAGAAAAGGAAAGCCUGCGAAGUGUACUGUCAGAUCUGAUCGCCCAGAAAGCAGAAAUGGAAAAUGAAUGGCAGCAAAAGGUUGAGUUAGAAAAACAAGAUAUUGAUAAACUGAAAGUUGAGCUGAAACAACACCAAGAUGAACUUGGCAGACAGACUGAAAUGAUGAAGAAAGAAAAACUGGACUUGGAGCUGAUGAGGUCCGACACCCAGAUAGAAAUCAAGUUAUUGGAACAAGAGAAGCAAGAAAUCAAUGAUAUGAAAGAAAAGUUGGAAACCACAAGUAAAAUGCUACAAUACAAGAAUGAACAUGUAGAAAGCUUGUUUGAUGAAAUCAGUACAGAGAAAACCAACAUUAAAGAUCUGAAAUUUCAGCUUCAAGCAGAAAGAGUCAGACUAGAUGAAGUCAUGAACAUGCUGACCUUAAAACAAAAAGAACAAGACCUCAGGGAUGCUGAGUUCACAGAAGAAAAACAACAACUGGAAACCAUGAAGGUCAGUGUCCUUACAGGAAGAGAAGAACUGAAAGCCCUGGAGAAGGACCUCGGCAAAAAGAAAGAAGAUGUUGAAGCUGCAAUGAAAAACAUCAGUGCAGAAAAAGAACAGCUCACUCAGAUGAAGAUUGACAUUGAGAAAGAAAAAGAAACAUGUUUGUUUGAAAUUGAAAGAAUGGAAGAAGAAAGGUCUGAGCUGAGAAAGAGAGAAGAUGAACUUAUGAACGAAAUGAAGUCAGUGGAAGAUCUGAAAGGAAAUUUGAGACACCUUUAUGAAAGAAUGAGUAAAGACAUGAAACAGAAAGAGGACAGGCUGCAACAAAACAAUGAAGAUGUUCUUAAACUGCACGCUGUGUUGGAAAAAAUGGUUGAAGACACUGGUGAACAGAAGGAAAAUAUGGCUUGUCUCUUUGAGAGAUUACAAAGAGAAAAGGAAAGCCUGCGAAGUGUACUGUCAGAUAUGAUCACCCAGAAAGCAGAAAUGGAAAAUGAAUGGCAGCAAAAAGUUGAGUUAGAAAAACAAGAUAUGGAUAAACUGAAAGUUGAGCUGAAACAACACCAAGAUGAACUUGGCAGACAGACUGAAAUGAUGAAGAAAGAAAAACUGGACUUGGAGCUGAUGAGGUCCGACACCCAGAAAGAAAUCAAGUUAUUGGAACAAGAGAAGCAAGAAAUCAAUGAUAUGAAAGAAAAGUUGGAAACCACAAGUAAAGUGCUACAAAACAAGAAGGAACAUGUAGAAAGCCUGUUUGAUGAAAUCAAUACAGAGAAAAGCAACAUUAAAGAUCUGAAAUUUCAGCUUCAAGCAGAAAGAGUCAGACUAGAUGAAGUCAUGAACAUGCUGACCUUAAAACAAAAAGAACAAGACCUCAGGGAUGCUGAGUUCACAGAAGAAAAACAACAACUGGAAACCAUGAAGGUCAGUGUCCUUACAGGAAGAGAAGAGCUGAAAGCUCUGGAGAAAGAUCUUCAGGAGGAGAAAGAAGAGGUUGGAGGUGCAAUGAAAAAUAUCACCGUAGAAAAAGAACAACUCAGUCAAAUGAAGAUUGACUUUGAGAAAGAAAAAGAAAAAUUUGUGUCUGAAAAUGAACGAAUGGAAGAAGAAAGGUCUGAGCUGAGAAAGAGAGAAGAUGAACUUAUGAACGAAAUGAAGUCAGUGGAAGAUCUGAAAGGAAAUUUGAGACACCUUUAUGAAAGAAUGAGUAAAGACAUGAAACAGAAAGAGGACAGGCUGCAACAAAACAAUGAAGAUGUUCUUAAACUGCACGCUGUGUUGGAAAAAAAUGUUGAAGACACUGGUGAACAGAAGGAAAAUAUGGCUUGUCUCUUUGAGAGAUUACAAAGAGAAAAGGAAAGCCUGCGAAGUGUACUGUCAGAUAUGAUCACCCAGAAAGCAGAAAUGGAAAAUGAAUGGCAGCAAAAGGUUGAGUUAGAAAAACAAGAUAUGGAUAAACUGAAAGUUGAGCUGAAACAACACCAAGAUGAACUUGGCAGACAGACUGAAAUGAUGAAGAAAGAAAAACUGGACUUGGAGCUGAUGAGGUCCGACACCCAGAAAGAAAUCAAGUUAUUGGAACAAGAGAAGCAAGAAAUCAAUGAUAUGAAAGAAAAGUUGGAAACCACAAGUAAAAUGCUACAAUACAAGAAGGAACAUGUAGAAAGCUUGUUUGAUGAAAUCAAUACAGAGAAAACCAACAUUAAAGAUCUGAAAUUUCAGCUUCAAGCAGAAAGAGUCAGACUAGAUGAAGUCAUGAACAUGCUGACCUUAAAACAAAAAGAACAAGACCUCAGGGAUGCUGAGUUCACAGAAGAAAAACAACAACUAGAAACCAUGAAGGUCAGUGUCCUUACAGAAAGAGAAGAACUGAAAGCUCUGGAGAAGGACCUCUGCAAAAAGAAAGAAGAUGUUGAAGCUGCAAUGAAAAACAUCAGUGCAGAAAAAGAACAGCUCACUCAGAUGAAGAUUGACAUUGAGAAAGAAAAAGAAACAUGUUUGUUUGAAAUUGAAAGAAUGGAAGAACAAAGGUCUGAGCUGAGAAGGAGAGAAGAUCAACUCAUGGAUGACAUGAAAUCAGUGGAAGAUCUGAGAGAAAAUCUGAAACACCUUUAUGAAAGAAUGAGUAAAGAUAUAAAACACAAAGUGAACAGGCUGCAACAAAACAAUGAAGAUGUUCUUAAACUGCACGCUGUGUUGGAAAAAAUGGUUGAAGACACUGGUGAACAGAAGGAAAAUAUGGCUUGUCUCUUUGAGAGAUUACAAAGAGAAAAGGAAAGCCUGCGAAGUGUACUGUCAGAUAUGAUCACCCAGAAAGCAGAAAUGGAAAAUGAAUGGCAGCAAAAAGUUGAGUUAGAAAAACAAGAUAUUGAUAAACUGAAAGUUGAGCUGAAACAACACCAAGAUGAACUUGGCAGACAGACUGAAAUGAUGAAGAAAGAAAAACUGGACUUGGAGCUGAUGAGGUCCGACACCCAGAUAGAAAUCAAGUUAUUGGAACAAGAGAAGCAAGAAAUCAAUGAUAUGAAAGAAAAGUUGGAAACCACAAGUAAAAUGCUACAAUACAAGAAGGAACAUGUAGAAAGCUUGUUUGAUGAAAUCAAUACAGAGAAAAGCAACAUUAAAGAUCUGAAAUUUCAGCUUCAAGCAGAAAGAGUCAGACUAGAUGAAGUCAUGAACAUGCUGACCUUAAAACAAAAAGAACAAGACCUCAGGGAUGCUGAGUUCACAGAAGAAAAACAACAACUAGAAACCAUGAAGGUCAGUGUCCUUACAGAAAGAGAAGAACUGAAAGCUCUGGAGAAGGACCUCGGCAAAAAGAAAGAAGAAGCUGCAAUGGAAAGCAUCAACAUAGAAAAAGAACAGCUCACUCAGAUGAAGACUGACUUUGAGAAAGAAAGACAACUACUUUUGAUCAACAAGGAAAAGAUGGCAAAUAAAAUAUCUGAGCUCAAAUUGAUAGAAGAUCAACUCAGGGAUAAAAUUAAAUCAGUGGAAGAUCUGAAAGGAAAUUUGAGACACCUUUAUGAAAGAAUGAGUAAAGACAUGAAACAGAAAGAGGACAGGCUGCAACAAAACAAUGAAGAUGUUCUUAAACUGCACGCUGUGUUGGAAAAAAUGGUUGAAGACACUGGUGAACAGAAGGAAAAUAUGGCUUGUCUCUUUGAGAGAUUACAAAGAGAAAAGGAAAGCCUGCGAAGUGUACUGUCAGAUAUGAUCACCCAGAAAGCAGAAAUGGAAAAUGAAUGGCAGCAAAAGGUUGAGUUAGAAAAACAAGAUAUUGAUAAACUGAAAGUUGAGCUGAAACAACACCAAGAUGAACUUGGCAGACAGACUGAAAUGAUGAAGAAAGAAAAACUGGACUUGGAGCUGAUGAGGUCCGACACCCAGAAAGAAAUCAAGUUAUUGGAACAAGAGAAGCAAGAAAUCAAUGAUAUGAAAGACAAGUUGGAAACCACAAGUAAAAUGCUACAAUACAAGAAGGAACACGUAGAAAGCUUGUUUGAUGAAAUCAAUACAGAGAAAAGCAACAUUAAAGAUCUGAAAUUUCAGCUUCAAGCAGAAAGAGUCAGACUAGAUGAAGUCAUGAACAUGCUGACCUUAAAACAAAAAGAACAAGACCUCAGGGAUGCUGAGUUCACAGAAGAAAAACAACAACUGGAAACCAUGAAGGUCAGUGUCCUUACAGAAAGAGAAGAACUGAAAGCUCUGGAGAAAGAUCUUCAGGUGGAGAAAGAAGAGGUUGAAGGUGCAAUGAAAAAUAUCAACACAGAAAAAGAACAACUCAGUCAAAUGAAGAUUGACUUUGAGAAAGAAAAAGAAAAAUUUGUGUCUAAAAAUGAACGAAUGGAAGAAGAAAUGUCUGAGCUGAGAAAGAGAGAAGAUGAACUUAUGAACGAAAUGAAGUCAGCGGGAGUUCUGAAAGGAAAUUUGAGACACCUUUAUGAAAGAAUGAGUAAAGAUAUAAAACACAAAGUGGACAGGCUACAACAAAACAAUGAAGAUGUUCUUAAACUGCACGCUGUGUUGGAAAAAAUGGUUGAAGACACUGAUGAACAGAAGGAAAAUAUGGCUUGUCUCUUUGAGAGAUUACAAAGAGAAAAGGAAAGCCUGCGAAGUGUACUGUCAGAUAUGAUCACCCAGAAAGCAGAAAUGGAAAAUGAAUGGCAGCAAAAGGUUGAGUUAGAAAAACAUGACAUUGACAAAUUGAAAGCAGAGUUGAAACAAUACAGAGAAGAACUUGACAGGGAGACUGAAUUGAUGAAGAAAGAAAAACUGGACUUGGAGCUGAUGAGGUCUGACAGCCAGAAACAAACAGAUUUAUUGGAACAACAGAAGCAAGAAAUCUGUGACUUAAAAGAUCAUUUGGAAAUCACAAGUGCCAUUUUAGAAAACAAAAAGCAACAUGCAGAUAGCUUGUUUAAUGAGAUCAAUACAGAGAAAAGCAACAUUAAAGAUCUGAAACUUCAGCUUCAAGCAGAUAGAGUUAGACUAGAUGAAGUCAUCAACAUGUUGAUCUUAAAACAAAAAGAACAAGAACUCAUGGAUGCUGAGUUCAAAGAAGAAAAUGAACAACUGGAAACAUUGAAGGGCUUUACGGAAAGAGAAGAACCAAAAACUCUGGAGAAGGAUCUUGGCAAAAAGAAAGAAGCUGCAAUGGAAAGCAUCAACGCAGAAAAAGAAGUGCUCACUCAGAUGAAGAUUGACUUUGAGAAGGAAAGGCAACUAUUUUUGAUUGACAAGGAAAGAAUGGGAAAUAAAAUAUCUGAGCUCAAGUUGACAGAAGAUCAACUCAAGGAUAAAAUAAAAUCAGUGGAGGAUCUGAGAGAAGAUCUGAGACACCUUUUUGAAAGAAUGAGUAAAGACAUGAAACACAAAGUGGACAGGCUGCAGCAAAACAAUGAAGAUGUUCUUAAACUGCAUGCAGCACUGGAAAAAAUGGUUGAAGACACUGAUGAACAGAAGGAAAAUAUGGCUUGGAACUUUGAGAGAUUGCGAAGAGAAAAGGAAGGCCUGAUAAGUGUACUGUCAGAUAUGAUCACCCAGAAUGCAGACAUGAAAAAUAGAUGGAAGCAAAAGGUUGAGUUAGAAAAACAAGAUAUUGAUAAACUGAAAGUUGAGCUGAAACAACACCGAGAUGAACUUGGCAGACAGACUGAAAUGAUGAAAAAAGAAAAACUGGACUUGGAGCUGAUGAGGUCCGAAACCCAGAAAGAAAUCAAGUUAUUGGAACAAGAGAAGCAAGAAGUCUGUGAUGUAAAAGAGAAAUUGGAAAUCACAAGUAAAAUGCUACAAAAGAAAAAGGAACAUGCAGAAAGCUUGUUUGAUGAGAUCAGUACAGAGAAAACCAACACUGAAGAUCUGAAACUUCAGCUUCAGGCAGAUAGAGAAAGACUAGAUGAAGUCAUGAACAUGUUGACCGUAGAACAAAAAGGACAAGAACUUAAGGAGGUUGAGUUGAAAGGAGAAAAGCAACAACUGGAAACCAUGAAGGUCAGUGUACUUACAGAAAGAGAAGAACUGCAAGCUCCGGAGAAAGAUCUUCAGGAGGAGAAAGAAGAGGUUGAAGGUGCAAUGGAAAGUAUCAACGCAGAAAAUGUACAGCUCAGUCACAUUGACUUUGAGAAAGAAAGACAAAUACUUUUGAUCGACAAGGAAAGGAUUGAAAAUAAAAUAUCUGAACUCAAAUUGACAGAAGAUCAACUCAAGGAUAAAAUGCAAUCAAUGGAAGAUCUGAGAGCAAAUCUGAGACACCUUUAUGAAAGAAUGAGUAAAGAUAUAAAACGCAAAGUGGACAGGCUGCAACAAAAGAAUGAAGAUGUUCUUAAACUGCACGCUGUGUUGGAAAAAAUGGUUGAAGACACUGGUGAACAGAAGGAAAAUAUGGCUUGUAACUUUGAGAGAUUACAAAGAGAAAAGGAAGGCCUGAUAAGUAUACUGUCAGAUAUGAUUACCCAGAAAGCAGAAAUGAAAAAUGAAUGGAAGGAAAAGCUUCAAAUAGAAAAAUGUGAUAUUGAUCAACUGAAAACAGAGUUGAAACAAUACAGAGAGCAACUUAACAGAGAGACUGAAAUGAUGAAGAAAGAAAAGCUGGAGUUGGAACGCAUGAGGUCCGACACCCAGAAUCAAAUCAAGUUAUUGGAACAAGAGAAGCAAGAAAUCAAUGAUAUGAAAGACAAGUUGGAAACCACAAGUAAAAUGCUACAAUUCAAGAAGGAACAUGUAGAAAGCUUGUUUGAUGAAAUCAAUACAGAGAAAAGCAACAUUAAAGAUCUGAAACUUCAGCUUCAAGCAGAUAGAGUCAGACUAGAUGAAGUCAUGAACAUGCUGACCUUAAAACAAAAGGCGCAAGAACUCAAGGAUGUUGAGUUCAAAGACGAACAACAACAACAACUGGAAAUCAUGAAGGUCAGUGUACUUGCAGAAAGAGAAGCACUGAAAGCUCUGGAGAAGGACCUCGGGAAAAAGAAAGAAGAUGUUGAAGCUGCAAUGACAAACAUCAGUGCAGAAAAAGAACAGCUCACUCAGAUGAAGAUUGAUGUUGAGAAAGAAAAAGAAACAUGUUUGUUUGAAAUUGAAAGAAUGGAAGAAGAAAGGUCUGAGCUGAGAAGGAGAGAAAAUCAACUCAUUGAUAAAAUGCAAUCAGUGGAAGAUCUGAGAGCAAAUCUGAGACACCUUUAUGAAAGAAUGAGUAAAGAUAUGAAACACAAAGUGGACAGGCUGCAACAAAACAAUGAAGAUGUCCUUAAACUGCACACAGUUCUGGAAAAAAUGGUUAAUGAUACAGAUGAACAGAAGGAAAAUAUGGCUUGUAACUUUGAGAGAUUACAAAGAGAAAAGGAAGGCCUGAUAAGUAUACUGUCAGAUAUGAUCACGCAGAAAGCAGAAAUGGAAAAUGAAUGGAAGGAAAAGCUUCAAAUAGAAAAAUGUGAUAUUGAUAAACUGAAAACAGAGUUGAAACAAUACAGAGAGCAACUUAACAGAGAGACCGAAAUGAUGAAAAAAGAAAAGCUGGAGUUGGAACGCAUGAGGUCCAACACCCAGAAUCAAAUCGAUUCAUUGGAACAAGAGAAGCAAGAAAUCAGUGACAUAAAAGAAAAGUUGGAAAUCACAAGUGCAAUGCUACAAAACAAGAAGGAACAUGUAGAAAGCUUGUUUGAUGAGAUCAAUACAGAGAAAAGCAACAUUAAAGAUCUGAAACUUCAGCUUCAAGCAGAAAGAGACAGACUAGAUGAAGUCAUGAACAUGUUGACAAUAAAACAAAAAGAACAAGAACUCAUGGGUGCUGAGUUCAAAGAAGAAAACGAACAACAGGAAACCAUGAAGGUCGGUGUACUUACAGAAAGAGAAGAACUAAAAGCUCAGGAGAAGGACCUCCAGAACCAGAAAAAUGAAGCUGCAAUGGAAAUCAUCAAUGCAGAAAAAGAACAGCUCAGUCAGAUGAAGGUUGAGUUUGAGAAAGAAAAGGAAAAAUAUAGGUUAGAAAAUAUAAGAAUGGAAGAAGAAAGGUCUGAGCUGAGAAGGAGAGAAGAUCAACUCAAGUAUAAAAUGCAAUCAGUGGAAGAUCUGAGAGCAAAUCUGAGAGACCUUUAUGAAAGAAUGAGUAAAGAUAUACAACACAAAGUGGACAGGCUGCAGCAAAACAAUGAAGACGUUCUUAAACUGCAUGCAGCACUGGAAAAAAUGGUUGAAGACACUGAUGAACAGAAGGAAAACGUGGCUUGUAACUUUGACAGGUUACAGAGAGAAACAGAGGGUGUGAUAAGUGUACUGUCAGAUAUGAGAACACAGAAAGCAGACAAGAAAAAUGAAUGGAAGCAAAAUGUUGAGUUAGAAAACCAAGAUACUGAAAAACUGAAAGUUGAGUUGAAACAAUACAAAGAGCAACUUGAGAGAGAGACUGAAAUGAUGAACAAAGAAAAAUUGGACUUGGCGCUGAUGAGGUCCAACACCCAGAAACAAAUCAAGUUAUUGGAACAAGAGAAGCAAGAAAUCAUUGAUAUAAAAGACAAGAUGGAAAUCAUAAGUACAAUGUUACAAAACAAGAAGGAACAUGUAGAAAGCUUGUUUGAUGAGAUCGAUACAGAGAAAAGCAACAUUAAAGAUCUGAAACUUCAGCUUCAAGCAGAAAGAGACAGACUAGAUGAAGUCAUGAACAUGUUGACAAUAAAACAAAAAGAACAAGAACUCAUGGGUGCUGAGUUCAAAGAAGAAAACGAACAACUGGACACAUUAAAGGUCUUUACAGAAAGAGAGGAACCAGAAGCUCUGGAGAAGGACCUCGGCAAAAAGAAAGAAGAAGCUGCAAUGGAAAGCAUCAACAUAGAAAAAGAACAGCUCACUCAGAUGAAGAUUGACUUUGAGAAGGAAAGACAACUGCUUGUGAUCGACAAGGAAGGGAUGGAAAAUAAAAUGUUUGAGCUCCAGUUGAUGGAAGAUCAACUCAAGGAUAAAAUCAAAUCAGUGGAAGAUCUGAGAGCAAAUCUGAGAGACCUUUAUGAAAGAAUGAGUAAAGAUAUAAAACACAAAGUGGACAGGCUGCAGCAAAACAAUGAAGAUGUUCUUAAACUGCAUGCAGCACUGGAAAAAAUGGUUGAAGACACUGAUGAACAGAAGGAAAACAUGGCUUGUAACUUUGAGAGGUUACAGAGAGAAAAGGAAUGUCUGACAAGUAUACUGUCAGAAAUGGUCACCCAGAAAGCAGACAAGAAAAAUGAAUGGAAGCAAAAGGCUGAGUUAGAAAAACAAGAUAUUGAUAAACUGAAAGCUGAGUUGAAACAACAUCGAGAGGAACUUCACAGAGAGACUGAAAUGAUGAAGAAAGAAAAACUGGACUUGGAGAUGAUGAGGUCUGACACCCAGAAACAAAUCAAGUUAUUGGAACAAGAGAAGCAAGAAAUCGUUGAUAUAAAAGACAAGUUGGAAAUCACAAGUAAAAUGCUACAAAACAAGAAGGAAACUGCAGAAAGCUUGUUUGAUGAGAUCAAUACAGAAAAAAGCAACAUUAAAGAUCUGAAACUUCAACUUCAAGCAGAAAGAGACAGACUAGAUGAAGUCAUGAACAUGUUGACAAUAAAACAAAAAGAACAAGAACUCAUGGGUGCUGAGUUCAAAGAAGAAAACGAACAACUGGAGACAUUGAAGGUCUUUACAGAAAGAGAGGAACCAGAAGCUCUGGAGAAGGACCUCGGCAAAAAGAAAGAAGAAGCUGCAAUGGAAAGCAUCAACAUAGAAAAAGAACAGCUCACUCAGAUGAAGAUUGACUUUGAGAAGGAAAGACAACUACUUGUGAUCGACAAGGAAGGGAUGGAAAAUAAAAUGUUUGAGCUCCAAUUGAUGGAAGAUCAACUCAAGGAUAAAAUCAAAUCAGUGGAAGAUCUGAGGGCAAAUCUGAGAGACCUUUAUGAAAGAAUGAGUAAAGAUAUACAACACAAAGUGGACAGGCUGCAACAAAACAAUGAAGAUGUCCUUAAACUGCACACAGUUCUGGAAAAAAUGGUUGAAGACACUGAUGAACAGAAGGAAAACAUGGCUUGUAACUUUGAGAGGUUACAGAGAGAAAAGGAAUGUCUGACAAGUAUACUGUCAGAAAUGGUCGCCCAGAAAGCAGACAAGAAAAAAGUAAAAGCUGUGGUGAUAUCAGAUAGAGACAAUGUGGAAAGAAUGGCUCAGAAGAUCUACAAGGAAAAACUGGAUGUAGAAGAGAGGAAAUCUGACAGCAAGAAAGAAGUCCAUAUGAUAGAACAAGAGAAAGAAGAUAUUAAAAACAUAGAAGACAAGUUGGUAACCACAAACACAGAGCUACAAAACAAAAACAGGUAUACUGAAAGCCUAUUUGAUGAGAUAAAUACAGAGAAAAUUAAAAUUAAAUAUCUGAAAGUUCAUGUUGAGACACAGACAGAUGAAGUCAUGAACAUGUUCACCUCGAAAGAUCAAGAAGAAGAACUCAAGGAUGUUGACUUCAAAGGAAAAAAACAACAGCUGGAAACCAUGAAGGUCAGUGUACUUACAGAAAGAGAAGGACUGAAAGCUCUGGAGAAAGAUCUUCAGGAGGAGAAAGAAGAGGUUGAAGGUACAAUGAAAAAUAUCACCGCAGAAAAAGAACAACUCAGUCAAAUGAAGAUUGACUUUGAGAAAGAAAAAGAAAAAUUUGUGUCUGAAAAUGAACGAAUGGAAGAAGAAAGGUCUGAGCUGAGAAAGAGAGAAGAUCAACUCAUGGAUGAAAUGAAAUCAGUGGAAGAUCUGAGAGCAAAUCUGAGAGACCUUUAUGAAAGAAUGAGUAAGGAUCUAACAGAGAAAGUGGUCAGACUGCAUGAAAAGAGUGCAGGUAUUCUUAAACUUCAAGCAGUAUUGGAGAAAAUUGUUGAAGACACUGAUGGAAAGAUUGCUUGUAACAUUGAAAGGUUACAGGGAGAAAAGGAAGGUCUGAGAAGUAUACUGUCAGAUAUGGUUACCCAGAAAGCAGACAUGAAAAAUGAAUGGAAGCCAAUACCAGAGUCUGAAAAACAAGAUACUGAUAAACUACAAACUGUGGUGAUACCAGAUAGAGACAAUUUGGACAGAACGACUGACAUUAUAAACAAAGAAAGUCUCCUAAAAAAUGAAAAAGACAAGUUAGAAAUCGCGAAGACAGAUCUUAAGAAGAAGAAAGAACAUGCAGAUAACCUGAUUAAUAAGAUAAACAGAGAGAGUGAGAAAGUUAAAAAACUGAUCCUUCAGGUUCAGACAGAAAGAGAAAAUGUAGAGAAUGUCAGGAACAUUAUUACCUUAAAACAAAGCGAACAUAAACUCAAAGAUGUUGAGUUUAAAAGACAGAAACAACAGCUGGACACCAUUAAGAACAUUGUAAUGUCAGAAAGACAAGAAUUGGAAGUUCUGAGGAAUCUCAGCAUGAAGAAAGAAGACGCUGAAGCUGAAAUAAAGAGCAUAGAAAAAGGAAGACAAAUCCAGAUAGAAAAGGAUAGAAUGGAAGGAGAAAGAUAUGAGCUUAAUGCGACAGAAGAUGAAUUUAUGGAUAAAAUGAAAUCAGUAGUAACACCAAGAGUUAACCUACAACAGCUUAAUGAAAGUGAGGCUAUGGUAAACAAAAAGGACACAUUACAACAAAACCUUGAAGAUUCACUAGCUGAUGUUCAGAAGGACAGUUGUGAAAGUCUGUUUAAGUCUGAGGAAGAUCAAGGCGAGUACUUGAUCCCUGAAAGGGAGGGUCUAUUCACAGCAGCUGAAAAUGAAGCAGAAAAUAAACAAAAACAGGGGCCUUCAAGGCUGCUGGAAGAGAAAGGUGAUUUCAAAGAUGAGGAAAUGCUCAAAAAAGAUUGUUUGCGAAACAUGUGGAAAGACACUCGAAUGGAACGAAAUGAAAUUAAUCAGAUCAAGCGGAGAGGUCAAGACCUUAGGAAAAACCUGGAGAAAAGACUGAAGGUAAUCAGCCAGUGUGUUAAGAGAACGUUGUUACCUAAAGAAAAGACGCCAAUGGAGAAGACAAAACUGGAACAAUUAGAAAGUAAAGAUACCUUAUCUCACAGCGAUCGUGAUCUAUGCCACAAAUCAUUUAAUGAGAAAUACACCGAGCUCCAACAACUUAAAGUGUCCCUUCUCAGUGAGAUUGAUAAACUCAACAUCAGAGAAAAAUUGCCUAGGACACUGGUUAUGAGUGACAAAGCCAAUCAAACAGUUGGGAGCACAACAGUGGAGGAGACACAGCAAACCUCAGAUAAUGACAGAGGAGAACAGAUGAUGGUAGAAAGAACUGAAGCAGCUCCAGUGGCUCCCAGUGGAUUACUCUGUCAGAUCAGGCAUUACUGCUACCGCUGCUGCUGUCCUUGUUGUUCAUGCUGUCAACAAGGAGAGAUGAGAGACGGGACUUCGUCAUGAUCGCUGUCAUUCUCAUUGUGGCUGAUUCUGUCUUUGUCUUAUUUUCUUAAAUUUUAUUCCACCGUGUGUGUGAUAGUAUAGUUCAAUAAUAUAUUUUUAGUUAGUGUAACAUUGUCUAGAAAUGAUUGUGUAUAACUGAGAUACUUUCCUAAUUUGUAAUUGUGAUGCAUAAAAUCAAACUACUACAUGUGUUGUUUCAUCAGACUGGUGUGAGGUUUGUUUAUAGUCUACAGAUUAUUGUGAAAUAUCUUACAGUCUAAAUUGUCUUAUAAAAAGAUAGAAGAUUAUAAAAACAUUUAAUCUGGUUUUUGUGUACAAUUAUGCCAUGCCAUUUGAUAAUUAUAUGAAAAUUGAUAAAUUAAGAAAAUGCCUAAAGAAUAGCAUGUUUUGCGGAAGGACAACUGUGCACAUAUUGAUGCUUAAAUUAAAAAAAAAUAAUAAUAUUGCAUAAACUGUCAAAAAUAAUUAAUGUGAUGAAUAAAGCAUCAUCUUACCUUAUAUGUAUUGUGUGUAUUGUGUGUGUUUAUAUUUAUUACAAGGAACCUAUUCCGUAGCUCCAUCCCAUAUGAUGGUCACCAAACAGCCACAGGAGGGAGCCAGGACACUGUAAACACAGAUAAGAGCAUGGAGCCAUCAUUUUAACUAUGCUGGGUCAAUUGGAGACGCUUGACAAUGCACUACCACAAGUAGUAAACUUCCCAACUACUACAAUAAAACACCAAAAACUACUAUAAACCAUCUGAAUUGACUUAAUCUGCAUACCUAUCGUAUACCCACUUUGAAUCAGAUAUGAAUAAACAACACUCGCAUAUUAAUGUUCUUUAUCUUAUUUUAAUAUGUGGUAGGAGACUCUGUCAGCAAGAGGAUGUUUAGCAACAUGCCUGCAUCAGCUCUUUAUUUAUCAACAGUUACACAACAGGGUUGCACCAAUACAGGGUUGACUGCUGCUUCAUGUACAGAUUCACACUCACAAUGCAAUAGAUGAAAAAUAGAAU